UUCCCAAUUGACAACACGCCCUCCUAGGUAUACCGGGAGUAAGAAGGGCUUCAGGAGAGCUGUGGGAGGGCCUUGAGUACCGACUGCAAACAUGUCGGAUGAGCUACGAGAUGAAAUUGAAGCUAUCAAUUCCAUAUAUGGCGAAGGAUGCCUAGUACCAUCGGCAACUGAUAGUGCCACCUAUAUCCUCACACCGCCGGGCGAGUCGUCGUCUAUCCGUGUUGAAUUCCCAUCUGACUACCCAGCAGCACCGCCAACAGUGGUUGGUACUAACAGCACUGGCCAGGGCGGGAAGAAGGGAGAUGCAGCUCGGGAGCUGGCUCUAUUUUGUCAGGCUCUCGGGAAUGUAUUCGAGCCUGGGUCCGUUUGCCUGUUUGACGCCAUUGAAGAGCUUGCCAGGCUUCUGGGAGAGCAAGCACCCGAGCAAGGACAACCCAACAUCGACUCCAGCGAACACGUCGAGAGUGAUGCUUCCAGGAGCAAUGGUCACACGGAAGAACAGAUUCUGUCAAAGGAACCGCCUUGGAUCGUAUCCGACCCCGUGGUAGAGAUGAAGUCGACAUUCGUGGCACGCUGCGCAGCAGUGGCCUCCACGACAGAAGCAGAAUCGUUUCUUCAACAUCUCCUGGCGUCGGACAAGAAAGUCCGGGCUGCGACACACAACAUCACGGCUUGGCGCAUUAGAGGCCCAAACAACACGGCAUUCCAAGAUUGUAACGACGAUGGAGAGACAGCCGCCGGGUCCCGGCUGUUACACCUGAUGCAACUGAUGGACUUGUGGGACGUAAUGGUCGUGGUUACGCGGUGGUACGGAGGACAGAAGCUAGGCCCGCGAAGGUUCGCACUCAUAAACCAGGCGGCAAGAGACUCAUUUGUGCGAGCCGGCCUCGUGAUGACCGAUACUACAACCAAUUCAAAGAAAAAGAAAUAAUAUCAAAGACAUGUCUAAGACUACAGCACACCACCCUACCGUGCGAAGCCCCUAUUUAUGGCCAUAUUACAUCUUUCACACUGUGCACGGUCUAUCCUUGGUGUCUUACCAUAAACCCCCACCUUGAGGGAUCAACCCCAGAUUAUUCCUGGACCGGUACCUUGGCAAAGUCGUGCCUCGGUUCCUUCUGCACCGUCCAACCUGUUGAGCUGUGUAGUUUACACUAGAAACCGACAUUCUCGAAGCUGUUUACGCCUUUCGCCGUCUCUUCUUUAUAGAAUAUGCGGCCGACAUAUAUGUAGAGUUCGAGUCAUCUUGGUCAUUAUCAAUUCGGCGUCAGUGCCAGAUAUUCUAGGAUGGUUGGCCCACCACCGCUCAAAGGACUGA